AUGGAGCACCGAUCAGAAAAUCUGCUUGGAUUUCUGACACCAUAUUCCAUAUUUUCCGGUCGUUCGAAACAACAAAAUGGACAUUUUGUGGAUCGAGACCCGCCAUCAGACGAAUCUAAAUGUGACUAUUUGGACCCACUGGAUUUGAAUCUCAGCCAACUUCAUGAUAUUUACAUCGCUAGCAAUAAUCCCUACCAUCCGAAGCAAAUCAAGUGCCUACCAAGCAAUGAAUAUACAGUGACCACAUAUUCGUAG